AAUCCUUCUAUUUCGUUUUAUCUUUGUGAACCUUGACAUUUAUACUACACCUUUCUCCAUGGAUUCCAAAAUAUUUGCCUUACUAUCCUUUUUCCUCUUCAUGCUUGUAGCACUGAAAAUAAGGAAGAAUCUCAAGAAAAAAGGCUCAUCUCCAAACCUACCCCCAGGACCAUGGAAGCUACCUAUUAUAGGACACAUACAUCAUCUAGUUACCUCUACACCACAUCAAAAAUUAAGAGACUUGGCCAAAAUACAUGGACCCUUAAUGCAACUACAACUAGGAGAGAUCUUUGCCAUUGUUGUUUCCUCACCAGACUAUGCUAAGGAGGUACUUAAAACCCAUGAUGUAAUAUUUGCAUCUAGGCCUAAAAUUUUGGCCAUUGAAAUACUAUCAUAUGGAUUCACAAAUAUUGGUUUUUCACCUUAUGGAAAUUAUUGGAGACAUUUACGAAAAAUAUGCACAAUGGAGCUUUUAUCGCAAAAACAUGUGAGUUCAUUCCAUCCAAUAAGAGAAGAAGUGUUUACCAAUCUCAUCAAAAGGAUUGGUUCGAAGCAAGGGUCAUCCAUCAACCUCACUGAACUUGUAGUUUCAUCGACAUUUGCUAUCCUUUCAAGGGCUGCAUUUGGAAACAAAUGCAAAGACCAAGAAGAGUUCGCGUCUUUGGGGAAGGGAGAAUCAAUUGCUGGAGGUUUUGACAUAGGUGAACUGUUUCCUUCAUCUAAAUGGAUUCAACUUGUUUCCGGUUUGAGGCCUAAACUUGAGAGGUUGCAUAGACGUAUUGAUCGAAUACUAGAAAACAUCAUCAUUGAACAUAAAGAAGCAAAUUCAAAAGCAAAAGAAUGCCAAGAAGAAGCAGAAGAAGAUUUGGUUGACGUUCUUCUAAAAUACCAACGUCGCAAUGAUAAUGAAAAAGAUAUAUGCUUAACUGACAACAACAUCAAGGCUGUACUCCUAGACAUGUUUGGUGCUGGAGGAGAUACAUCGAGUACCACCAUAGUUUGGGCAAUGGCAGAGUUGGUAAGGGAUGAAAGAGUGAUGAAGAAAGCACAAGAUGAAGUAAGAGAAAUGUUCAACACAAAAGGAAUUGUUGGUGAGAACUAUAUUAAUGAGCUCACUUAUUUGAAGUCAGUUGUGAAAGAGACCUUAAGGUUACACCCUCCAGCUCCUCUUUUACUUCCAAGAGAAUGUGAACAAGCAUGUGAGAUUGAUGGUUAUCAUAUACCAACCAAAAGCAAGGUGAUAGUCAAUGCAUGGGCGAUUGGAAGAGAUCCAAAGUAUUGGACUGAACCAGAGAGGUUUUAUCCAGAGAGAUUCAUUGGUAGCUCUAUUGACUAUAAAGGGAAUAAUUUUGAGUACAUUCCUUUUGGUUCUGGAAGAAGAAUAUGCCCGGGCAUAACAUUUGGUUUGGUAAAUGUUGAGUUGGCACUUGCAUUGUUGUUGUAUCACUUUGAUUGGAGGCUUCCCGAUGGAACGAAAGGUGAGGACUUAGACAUGACCGAGCAAUUUGGAGCGACCGUCAAAAGAAAAGAUGACUUGUACUUGAUACCUACUGCUCCUCUUCCUAUAUGGUAAGAUAAACCAUGCAAGCAAAAGAAAACUUUGUUGGAUUGUAGUAGAGCUAAGGACUUUCUAAAUUUGUUAUUUCACAUUUACUUUUCAAAUAAAACUUUGUUUAUCUUUGUUGGGUUUAUUAGGGUUGGGAAUAAACAGCAUAUGAAUAUAUACUUUUGUAAUAAUUGAACAAAGAAAACGUGAAAAUGAUUGUUCUUUCACUUAUA